ACGGCGCGCUGCUACUUCUGGGAACUAUUGUAAGGCUCCACGAGCCACCACUGCUGUAAAAAACCGUUCCAUUGGACUCUCUCUCUACAUGGCUCUGGUAGUACAACAUUUAGGAGAUAAACUUUCUGAUACAGUCUUAUCUUCGUCAGCUGCUGUUUUACAACCAUACAACCCGCUCAACCUAACUGACCAUGUGACAAUAAAGGGGCGGAACAUGUUUCUGUGGAACCCUCGUCACCAUAGAGAUAGCAGCUGAUUCGCGCCUCACUGGAUGACGCGUUUGACCAAUCAGAGUUUGUUGUCGUGAGCUGGACGUGCCCGCGCUAUUCAGUCUAGUAAUUCUCAACGUUUUAUUUUGGCGCCGAAUACUUGAGGCGUAACGAAACGCUUUGAUUGAUAAUAAGGUGGAGUAGCUAUUUUGAUGUUCAUCCUCACCAGAUGAAGUAACUAUGUCAAUCCAGGCCUUUUCCUUUCCUGUACCUGAGACCAGAUUUUUUCAGGCUGGAAAACAAGUCUUCAAAUUCAAGAUAAGACGAGGAGAAAUGAGCAGCAUUGAUGAGGAGGACAUGCUGGAUGGGAUGCUAGUCACUGAGGAGCUGGAGAAUGCUGUGCGUGCAGUACUUGCAAACCUGGAUGGUCUUCACCCCUUCACAACCCAGAAUUUCGUCAUUUUUCCCUAUAAAAGUAAAUGGGAACAAGUGUCCAAAAUGAGGUUCAUGAAGAAGGGUGUAAAACUGUCUCCGUACCCCUUCCUUAUUACACUGUAUGUGGAGUAUCGUGAACCAGCCUUUCAGUGCACAGUGACAAAUACCAAUUCCUGGAACACACCGAAGUCUACAUCGAAAAGUCCACGGUGUUCUAGCGAGCCAAUGAGGACAGACCAAACCACUGCAAUGGAUCAUCCAGAAGAGGGCACUAUGAGCCAACACAAGCAGAACAAACUAACCACAGAAAACUCUCAGAGCUUUCAGGAGUCCCCUUGCUCGGCCAAUGGUGCAGAAGCAAUGGUUUGUGGCAGUGAGAUUCAUGCUGAUUCAGAUGUGAAUUGUCUACCAGCACCAGAUGCCCCUGAAAGUUCUGACCCAAAUUCACCAACUGGACAGAAUGUCGGCAUCAUUACUAGAAUGGCCAGCUCACUGUUUCCCUUCUCUCUGUUCUUCCGUAAGAGUCCUGCAAAUUAAAAAGUUCAAACCAUCAUUCCUUGACACUUACGGAUCUCCGACCUGUUUUUAUUAAAGAAAAGGCUGUUAAGUUUUUUCAUGGUCUGUUAUUUAACCUAAUCUGUGCUGUUUUGUGCAUUCUGUUUGUUAAAUUUCUUCGAAAUGUAUCAAUAAUGGUUUUAACUGUGUUGAUUUAUGCUUUCAAAUACAUACUAAAAUAACUGUUGCUUUGGUUGAAAAUACCUUUUGUUGCAUGUCACUCUCACUAAGCCUGAAAUUACAUUGUAUGUUCUAUUAUGCUUUCACUUGAAUGAAGUCGUUAGAACAUCAA